UCAUUCGUCGGGGGUCUCCGCUCGCUGGCAGUCGAACUUCCGCUCAGUCGCAUCGUGCUAUCCGUUCCGCCAGCAAGGACCUGGGUCGUAAUCGCGCAUCGUCCUUUUCCGCAAGGAGGAGAUUGCAAGUCGCAGCACAAACAUUUGUAUAUUUGCUGCAAUCAAUAGGGACAUGUCCAUGUGGCGAGGAGUCCAAGUGAGUGAGCGAGAACGCGGAGUGGCCCAAAUACUGGAUGAGUCCUGGCAAACACUCGCAGGGUGUUGACAAAUUUCCAGGCUGUUCGGAAAAGCUCGCAAUUUCCCCCCACCUUGUGUGUCUGUGUGUGUAUCCGUGUGCGUCCCUUUCGUAUCUGUGUAUCUGGUCUCUUGUAUCUGUAUCUGUACAAUUGCAAUUUUACGCUGACGCUGCAACACAAGCAGUUCGCUUCAAUGGAACUUGACAUACUAUACCCCCGACGCUGCCUAACCUCCUUGGGAUAUAUAUAUAUAUUCUUACCGCCGUAGAGUGCCCUCGACACACUCGCCCGGGGUCCUGCAGCGGAUCCCCCAGCGCGUCAUUCGCCCUUCACCCCAAAACCAUAUUUCCAUUAUUAUAUCUCUUAUACUACAUAGCAUUCAAUGCCUCUCCUAAUGACUCGCCCCAGUGCACUUGCCAUUAAAAUUCAAUGCAUUAUCUAGAUGCACGGCUAUUCACGCAGAGCGAAGCCAGGGUGCUGUCACUUUUUAUUGCCAGACUUUGUCGGUCCCUCGCUAAUCUGUUCAAACCCUGUUAAACCAUUCAAUCCGAACUACAAAUUCAAUUAGAUAUAAGCUGCUAAAUGCAACGACGCCUCUUUCAUAAGUGUUGAAUGGGGCAUAAUUGACAUUUAAUAUCUCGCCGACACAUGUAGAAAACGAAACACAACUGCAAAUAUUUCAAAUCCAAUAUUUUUUAUCGCCCUUCCUGUUUAUGAAUAUUUUUUGAUUGGUUUUAUCUCCCUUUGAAAUAGGGGCUAAGCUGGAACUAUGUUAUUCACAUUGCCGCAUAUCUCAAACGGCCUUAGAACACGCUCUACAGUAUAGCAACCCAAUGGCUUAUCAUGCCUGUUGUGUAGUGGACCUCAUUAGUAUUCUUUAUAGGGGGCUCUCAUGUUCCUGAUUUAGUUUAUUUGAUAUUUUACUAAAUUUCAAAAAAGUGGAUACGGAAAAUCCUUAUCCAGUCAUCAACAGAGUCCCAAGCCAGCAUACCCCAGCGCUCCCACUACUGGGUACGAACAUCAUCACAUUUAUAAUAAUAUUUAGAUAAAAACGUGUCGUGGAUUAACACAACCGAAUAUCUAAUCAGUGUUUGCUACAUGAAGCGGCAAAAAGCGAACACUAAUGGCCGUCGAAUGGAGUCGUGAUCGAUGAAAUAAUGCCGGCGAAGCGCGGAUCCAUCAUGAGGCAUCAGCAGCUCCACUUCCCCACUCGGAUUCCCAGGCCCCCACACCACCCCAUACCAUGGCACACCAAACAACACCACACCAUUACCAUACCUAUUUCUGUGCCUGGGUUCCGUCUCAUUCGCGAUUCCGCCGUCACAGUGCUCGGACCGCUGGCGAAAAAGCUUGGCAGAACGAUGUAGUUUUAGCAGACGCUGCAGUUCCAUUAAUUAAAUUCGCAGACCGCCCCUGGCGACCCCUGCCCCUGCCCCUGCCCCCGCCCCUUCAUUGGACCCAGCCAAGUUGCGGAACAAACAUUAAAACCCAAUAAAUAAAUAAAUCCCUGCAAUAAGCAUUCCACAGUUCUUCCAUUCAAAUCAAUUGGAUUGACUCGGAUUAACCAGAGAUUUAUUUAAUUGCGAACAUGGACAGCCGAGAGCUUAAAUGACAUGGCAGAGAAACGCCUGCUGCUGGAGCGCUCCGACACCUCAGAGACGGAGGAGCUGGAAGUACAAAUGACCCGAAGGGGGACCGUCCACCACCGAUCCUGGUCACCGAUCCCGGUGAGCAGGAAGUCGGUGGUCGGGCUGCUGGUGUCCUUCCUGUUCUGCUACUUCCUGAUCGGCAGACCCGAGUGGGCCAACGUCCUGGACCUGGACGUCCUGCACUCGGACAACUAUGUGACGGUCCAGCAUCAGUCCACCUUGAUGGAUGUUGAUCCUGACACAGAAACUGAGAGUAUUCCAUUUGUGCCGAAAGGCUUUCUGGUGUAUAGCAACUCCUGCCGCAUCAUGGAGGUCGAUCCCUACAAGAACGAGGUGAUGCGCCACUUCAAGCGCAUCAAGUACAAGGCCUGCCAGAAGCUGCCGCCCCUGACGCAGGUCAGAUUCCAGGAGGAGACCCAGAAGUACCUCCUCAGCAUCGAUGGAGCCGCCUUCAGUCGCUACCGAGUGGGCAGCCAGCUGCACUGCUGCUACAUGGAGGUGCAGCGGGUGGACGAGAUGAAGGUCAAGUACACCAAGUGUCAGUCCUUCAAGGGCAGCACCGAGCUGCCCAACUCCGCCGAGGGCAUCAUUGUCAAGUGCGAUUCCGGUGGCCACCAGCUGUACAUCAAUGGCCAUGCCACCAUUCCCGUCAAGGAGGCAGUGCAGCAGAGACUGCAAAAGGCGGCAGAGGGCGAUGUGAGGGAACGGGAAGCGGAUAAGGCCCAGCCGCGACCCCCAAGUGUCUUAAUGCUAGGCAUCGAUAGCAUCUCCCGGGUGAAUCUUAUCAGGGCCAUGCCCAAAACAGCCCAGUAUCUCUACGACAACGGGUGGUUCGAGCUGGCGGGCUAUAACAAGGUGGACGACAACACAUUCCCGAACAUCAUGGCAGUGGCCACCGGCUAUAACCUGCCCAAUGCCAUGCACGCGUGCUCCCCCUUCGCGGUUGGUGGCCUGGACAAGUGCAACUUCAUCUGGAAGCUGUACCAGCAGAGGGGCUAUGUGACCGCCUACGCGGAGGAUGCCGUGAAGAUCAACACGUUCAACUACCUGAAGAAGGGCUUCAAGAAUCCGCCCGCGGACUACUAUCUGAGGCCAUAUCUCUCGGCCGCCGAGUCGCAGCUGGAUCACACCACAGUCAAUGGCCUGGUCCAUUGCCUGGGCUACGAAACGGCGGCGGAGCACGUGUACGACUAUGGGUUGGAGUUCACCAAGCGGUUCCUUAACGAGACCUACUUUGGCUUCUUUUGGACGAACACGCACAGCCACAGUGAUAUCUCGCAGACGAGCAGCAUGGACGACUACAUGACGGAGUAUCUGCGGAAGCUGGUGCGCCAGGGCACCAUGGACAACACGGUGGUGGUGUUCUUCAGCGACCAUGGCAUGCGGUUCGGGCCCACGAGGGCCACCUGGUCGGGUCACUUGGAGGAGCGGCUGCCGGCCAUCUUCAUCUGGCUACCCCAUCACCUGCGUCGCUCCCAUCCGGAGUUCGUGCGUGGCCUCCAGUUGAACAGGAAUCGUUUGACCACGCCCUACGACCUCCACCUCACCAUGAAGCACAUACUCUCCAUAUCCGGUCGUGUCGAUAUGGAGUCCCUGGGACCGGCUCCCGAUUGCCCCCAGUGCCAGAGUUUACUGCGUCCUGUGUCCCCGCUGAGGAGUUGCUCCGACGUGGGCAUUGCGGAUCACUGGUGCACCUGCUGGGAGUACGACUCGAUCUCGACCAGCUCCAAGGAAGCCCGUAUGCUGGGCAAGCGUGUGGUCAGCUACCUCAACAGCUACGUGGCCGAGUUCCGGAACGGAACCUUCGCCAAGCUGUGUGCGCCCCUCUCGCUGCACAGCAUCAAAUCCGCCUUCCGGGCGCAUCAGAAUGCCCUGGAUCCCGAGGAGGUGCACACCUAUCGACUGAUCUUCGUCACGUCGCCCAACAAGGCCCAGUAUGAGGCCACCUUGCGACACAACCACACGGAUGACUCCGUUAAGGUGACGGGCUCCGUGAGCCGGUUGAAUGUCUAUAGCGGAGAGGCGGACUGCAUGAAUGAUUUCGCCGCGAAAAAGUAUUGCUACUGCCGCAAAAAGAAGGGAUAGAUGCAGUAGGUUUAGAACUAAGGCUAGUGCCCAAGUGCCGUUACUCGGACUAGAGUCUGACAGUACAAGUAUCGUAAUACUAUAUCAUAGGAAUCUCUUGCUCUCUAUAUCUGCCUGAAAGUAUGUGGUGUACAUCCAGAACCUCUGCAGGUCUUGAAAUAAUAUUUCAGGUAUCUGAAUAGUAUUGUUUUCUUUGUUCCACCUAUUGUACUAUUUGGUACCUCAAGAAUUGUUUGAAAAUCUUAGGAAGUUUGGAACACCCUUGUAUAUUCAACUUGUAGGCUUAGUUGUCGCCCUUGUACAUAAUUUACUCUCCCAGCUCGAAGACACUUUUGCCAAGAAUUAGCUUAGACAUCUCUUUAUACAUAGAAUAUAGUAGCUAAAUACUAAUUGUUACACUUAUAAUUUGAUAUAUUUGUUCAACUAAUAGUGUUCAAAUAAAAACUGUGUUAAACAAAAAAUGUCGAGUAAA